AUGGGGGAGAUUAAAGAAGAAGACUUUGAUGAUUUUCGCCAAGAGUAUUCAAGUCGACCUCGAGAGGAUGAUUCAACCAGCAAAGAAGAAAUGAGUCCCGCAAUAAAAAUGGAAGAGGAGCCCAAUGUUACAGAAAGCAGUCAUGAUGGUAUUACGUCUAUCAGGAAGGUAUCAGAAUCAUCCCAACUUGUUACAAUAAAGAAGGAGAUCAAAAAAGAAGACGUUGAUGAUUUUCUCCAAGAGUAUUUGUGGCAACCACGGCAGGAUGAUUCACCCAGCACAACAACCUGCAAAGAAGAAAUGAGAUCUGUUAUGGACAUUAAAGAGGAAGAGAUGUCCAAUGUUAUAGGAAACUGCUAUGAUGGUAAGAAUAUUUCCAGCAAGGAGUCAGAAUCAUCCCUACUGGUCACAUACAAGAAGGAGAUCAAAAGAGAGGACUUUGAAGACUCCUCGCAGAGAACACAAGAAAAUGAUGAAACAAAGUCAUCUUUCUAUAAGGAAGAAAAUUGUUCAUCUGUGGAUAUUAAAGAGGAAAUUCACCAUAACCUAAUCGUGAAUGGCAAAAAUGCCAUGUCCCCUACAAGUGUCCCUGCGGUCAACAUGCAUGAUGGGAGGACACUUCAGUGCACCACGUGUGGAAAGGUGUUUAAACAUGCAGAAUAUCUAAGGAGACACCAGAGGCUUCAUACUCAUUCUGGUGAAAAGACGUACCCUUGUAAAACAUGUGGAAAAUAUUUUGCAACAAAAUACACUCUUCAGGUACACCUGAAAAUUCAUACUGGAGAAAAGCCUUUCCCAUGUACAGCAUGUGGAAAGACUUUUAUACGAAAUGCUGAUCUUCAGAGACACCUGAUCAUUCAUACUGGUGAAAAGCCUUUUCCUUGUACAACGUGUGGAAAGCAUUUCACAAAAAAAUGUGUUCUCCAAAAACACCUUAUGAUUCAUACUGGAGAAAGGCCUUUCCCGUGUAUAACAUGUGGAGAGUCAUUCAGAGAGGGAAGUACUUUAAGAAAACACCAGAUGAUUCAUACAGGUGAAAAGCCAAAUACAUGUAGUACAUGUGGUAGGUCCUUCAGAGAAGUAAGCAGUUUAAGGAGACACCAGAGGAUUCACACCAAUGAAAAGCCUUACCUUUGUACCACAUGUGGAAGAGCUUUUAGAGUGGCAAGCGAUUUAAGGAGACACCAGGUGAUUCACACUGGUCAAAAGCCUUACCAAUGUGCCACAUGUGGUAAGGCCUUUACACAGGCAGGUAAUUUAAGAAUUCACCAGAGUACCCACACUGGUGAAAGGCCUUACCAAUGUGCGACAUGUGGAAAGGCCUUUACACAGGCAGGUGCUUUAAGAUAUCACCAGACGACCCACACUGGAGAAAAGUCAAUGUAGUAGAUUGGUCAGAUAUGGAUAAACAUUAUUAAGAAUGUAACAUUAUUAGAAUGCUUAAUAUGUAUC